AUUCACUCUUAGCAAGACCUUUGCACAUUUCUGAUCUCCCGAGCUUGCAAGAAUUCCACGCUGGCAAACUACUUAUAUUGGUACGUGAUUGUGGAGUGCGAGGACCAAGACACGCAACAGAGAGAUCCGAGGACUCACGAAAUGUACCUUAACGUCACACGGAGGUUCAGCCAAGCUCUACUAAAGGGAGAUAAGUCUGUCAGGGUGAUGCGCUCUUCGUUGGCAGCCCAGCAGACGUUUGUGGACCGACUGGUGCAUCUCAUGAAAGCUGUGCAGCGGGAAAGUGGGAAUCGGAAGAAGAAGAACGAGCGGCUUCAGGCCUUGUUGGCCGACAAUGAAAAGAUGAACUUGGCAGACAUGGAACCCAUUCCGCUGCCUCUAGAGCCACAGGUGAAGAUUAAAGGAAUAAUCCCAGAGAAAGCCACCCUGUUCAAGAGUGCCCUCAUGCCAGCCCAGCUGUUCUUCAAGACGGAAGAUGGGGGCAAAUAUCCUGUAAUAUUCAAACACGGGGAUGAUUUGCGGCAAGAUCAGCUCAUCCUUCAGAUUAUUUCACUCAUGGACAAGCUCUUGCGCAAGGAGAAUCUGGAUCUGAAGUUAACCCCGUACAAGGUCUUGGCGACAAGCACGAAGCACGGUUUCAUGCAGUUUAUUCAAUCCGUUCCAGUCGCAGAAGUCCUGGCUACCGAGGAAAGCAUACAGAACUUCUUCCGGAAACAUGCUCCGAGUGAAACAGGGCCCCACGGGAUAAGCGCAGAGGUGAUGGACACAUAUGUCAAGAGCUGUGCCGGCUAUUGUGUGAUAACGUACAUCCUCGGCGUGGGGGACCGACAUUUGGAUAACCUUUUGCUCACCAAAACAGGUAAGCUUUUCCACAUCGAUUUUGGCUACAUUCUGGGCCGGGAUCCGAAGCCUCUUCCUCCGCCGAUGAAGCUAAACAAGGAGAUGGUGGAAGGCAUGGGAGGGACUCAGAGCGAGCAGUAUCAGGAGUUCCGCAAGCAGUGCUACACGGCUUUCCUUCACCUCCGCAGAUAUUCCAACCUGAUUUUGAACUUGUUCUCCCUCAUGGUUGACGCCAACAUUCCAGACAUAGCUCUUGAACCGGACAAGACCGUCAAAAAGGUGCAAGACAAGUUCCGUCUGGACCUCUCCGAUGAAGAGGCUGUUCAUUACAUGCAGAGUCUGAUCGAUGAAAGCGUCCAUGCCCUCUUCGCAGCCGUGGUGGAGCAGAUCCACAAGUUCGCUCAGUAUUGGAGAAAAUGAGCUUCACCAGUUCCUAGUAGCAGCGAUUCAUACACAAGGCGGUUGUCACUUAACUGAUUCACGGUGUUACUCGAGAGUGGACUGAUUCUUUGGUGGUCUAGAUAGCAACGUCGUCUGAGUUUCUGUGGAAACUCAGUCAAAGGUAUGCUUCCCCAUGUAGAUACUUGGCCUGAUGUUUGGGAAAUAAGCAAGCAGUUCUGUGGAAGACAUCCGCAGAAAAAAAAAAAGACACACCGGAUUCUCUAAGUGCUUUAUGUUGUUGUAUUGUUGGACUGAGAAGAUGAAACUAAUCUCCACACUUAACCAGGACGUGAACGGUGACUUGGACAUGCACAUUUUCAAGUUUUCCUCUUUUGGACGAAAAGCUGUCAUGACAGUCGAACAAAGUAGGAAUAAAACUUCGGGGUACAUUUGUAGGACCUGUCCAGAUUGUCCUCGUUGAGGGAAAACAGGAAAUUGUACGGUUCUUUCUUUUAGGUAGACAAGUUUUACAAAGUGCCACUAAAAGUCUGCCUGCAAGGGUCUAUCAUCCAUGGUCUUGAAAAGACCAGAGAGAGAGAGAGAGAGAAAAAACGUUCAUGGUUUGCUCUUGAUGACAAAUUACCCAAAUAAAACUCUUUUGAUGCA